AUGCCGUGCGACGACUCCGAGACGACCCCACUCGGCACGCCGGGCGCGCACGGCGUCGCCAAGGCCGCGCUGCUGGAGGGCGAGGACACGAGCGAGGAGGUCCUCGCGCUGGAGCGCCCCACUGGCGGUCGCGCCUCCCGAGGCGGCCGCGGCCCCGUCCUCGCGGCCGCCCUCGCGCUGCUGGGCGCCGCGGCGGCCGCGCACCGCAGCGGGCUGCUCGUGCGCGGCCGGAGCGGCGCGGCCGUGCCUGGAGGCGGCGGCGCGGUCGAGAGGCUCUUCGAGGCUCGGGAGCUGCGGGUGACGUCGACGACGGGAAAGCCUCCAGGCUCGACGUCGCUGGAGGCCACUGCCGAGAACGAAGAGAAGAACUUCGAGACGACGACGGCGGCCGACCUCCAGGGCGGCACCGAGGGCGAGACGACGCCGGAGGAGGAGGCGGAGGGCCCCACGUCGGGCCCGAUCAGCAUGAUGCUGGAGGAGGCCCUCACCACGGGGGAGGGCGACGCGGGCAGCCCCGCGGAGGAGCCCGCGCCCGACGGCACGGGGGAGGGCGGCGCGGGCAGCGCCACGGAGAAGGGGCCGCCGAACGGCUCCCUGCUGGGCGGGUCCGGGCCCGCGCCCAACGGCACGGGGGAGGGCGACGCGGGCAACGCCACGGAGGAGGGCGACGCGGGCAACGCCACGCAGAACGGCUCCCUGCUGGGCGGGUCAGGGGCCGCGUCCAACGGCACGGAGGAGGGCGAUGCGGCCCCCGCCAUAGACGACGGGCCGGCGCCCGCGAUCCCGAACUCGUCGGCAGCGCGUGACGUGGUGUGCAACUCCGGCACGUUCCUGUGCGGCAAUCGAGGACCCCCGAGAGGAGACCAGCUCGUGCUGCCUGGGCCCCACCGGCUACGGCAUCGUGUGCGGCAAGAGCGCCACAUGUUGUGGCGGCAUCUGCUGCGAGGAGCACUCUUGCUGCAUGGACAACGUCUGUGUGAUACCAGGAACGAUCGGGGCGCACGGGACCUGCACCGUCGCCGACACGGCCGCUGGCAGCUGCGCCCCUGGCAGCUUCGAGUGCGGCUCCCUCUGCAUCGCCGGCAGCGAGGAGACCAACUCGUGCUGCCUGGGCCCCACCGGCUACGGCAUCGCGUGCGGCAAGGACGCGGUCUGCUGCGAUGGCAUUUGCUGCGCCCCGGGCUCUUGCUGCAGCACGACGGGGCAGAUCUGCCUGGCGCCGGGGACGGAGAACUGCACCCGCUGAGCACGCUAAUUAGAUGUUGCACCCCUGCUUCGGUGGCGCGCGCAAGGAGGGAUGGGGCGAGAAAGGCGCCCUUCCAGGGCGGGGGGCCGCUGUGA